CAUUAAAUCCUCGACAGUGUUACACAGUAGGAAACACAACUAAUUAUGUUCGUAAGAAAUCCCGGAAGAUUAAAAAUCGCAGGGAAUUAUCGCGUUAAUCAACCGAUAGAGAAUUUCAAAUUGAGAGUGAAGAUCGUGCAGCAGACGUCCCUGUUGGCGGAAUUAUUCGAUUCCGAGUGUGAGACCAGGGACUCGAAUUUUCUGGAAACCGAGGAGAGAACCUUCGGUUGGCAGGAGAAAGUCCUCAGUCCCUUUGAAGUCAAUCUCUACAAGGAGGAGAGGAACUGCAUCAAGGAUAUCCACAAGAAAUAUCGAGAAAGAAUAAUCAAAGAUGAGAUCGAAGGCUCGCGACUGUUCUCCUGCACGGAGGACGAUUCCUACUAUCGAAACACGACUCCAACAACUAAAGAAGGAUAUAAAUCCUAUCUAUCCUCGAAAAAUGAGACCGCUCUUCCAGCUAUACGAAAUCGAAAACCGUUCGCCGAACGAUACAACAAGACGAUCGUUGAGGCGACCCCAUCCAUGAACACCAUAAGGACGAAUCAUUAUUUGUACAGAGACAAGAAGACGAUGUACAUAGUGGCGGACCUGACCUCAAAGGACGAAGCCCUUGGGGCCUCUGAGGACUCUCAAACUCUUUUGUGCACGAUAACGUUCGACAGAGCUGGAAAACUCCUCACUGUCGACCCUGACUUCAACAACGAGUGCUACACAAUUGAUGCCACUGGGAUGAGCUACGACUUCUGGAUCGAGCAUGCCUCCGAAGGACAGACCGAGCAUGAGAAGCAAAUGCAGAGAGAACUGCUUCGUCACGAACUGCACGAGAAACUACUGUACAAAGAAGCAGAGAUGUUUUCCGAAAUCAACUUACCACCGCCUCACGUACUCCGGGUUUACCUGACGUUGGAUAUUACAAAAGCUCGGGGUUUCCCAUACGAUGCCCUAUUUCUCACCUAUUUAAUUGAUCUGCCUAAAUAUUGGAGCACGAGUGAGGGGGAUAAACUGUCGGGGAGGACACAGCGGUGCAGAAUGAUGAAUGGCACUGCUAAUUUUAGCUUUGUUACCGAAUUGACGCUUGACUUCGAUUUGAACUGUUUGGAUGAUGAGAACGUCAGACCUGCAUGGCCACAGGUGCUCAUUGCUGCUGCGUCACUCGAUAAGUGGACCAGAUAUAGAAUCGAAGGAUACGCAGCUCAACCCCUCCCCUCAGCCCCAGGAAGAUAUUCCUACGAUUUAAAAACGUGGCGUCCAGUUGCUGGAUUCGUAAACACAUUGCGACGGUUCUUCACCGGAGGAACUGCGGAAUUAGAAGACCUCACCUACUGCGGAAUUCCCCAAGGUGAGAACGGUCCGAUCGUCAAUAAAUCACAGUUGAAAGUGGUACCAGGUGGUUUCAUCGACGUGGAGAUGAAUGUCGUCCAGCAGAGUCGCGAUUUCUCCAAGAACCGAAGGAUUUCCAGGGACGCACUAGACAGAUUAUCAGCCGGGACAUUAAUUAACACCGUCGAUAAUGUUCUCGAGCAGUUCAAAGCAGCCAGGGAACGCAUGAUUCGUGCAAGAGCCAUGUGCUCGUAA